AACCAGAGCCGAACUGCGUCGGGCCCCAGCCGAGCUCCGGCCGAGUCGAGCCGACUGCAGCCGAGAGCCCCACCCGAGCUCUGCCGAGCACCGCCGAGCCCUUGCCGAACCGACCCGAGCCCUGCCCGAGCCUCGCCGGGCUCCUCUCCCGGCACCAGCCCUUCUUCCGCCAGCCCCGGCCCCGGCUGGCAGCGCUCGGGGCCUGCAGCGCUGCGGCCUCCCGGCAGGCGGAGCCGGGGGCACCGGGUGAGGGCCGAGCCGGGGGAGCCGCAUGUCCCGGCUGGAGCUGCGGGGCGGCAGCGCCGGCGGCCGGGGCAGCGGCAGCUCGGGAGGCCGGGGCCGAGCGGCGCAGCCAGGCUCGCCCCGGAGCUGAGGACAGGACUGCGGGUUGGGGCCUGUCCUCUACAGCGGUGGGGUUUGGGGCUGCAGGCCCCUGAGUGCCCUUUCCCUUCUCCGGAUGCCGCUCACCCGCAGCCGCCUGGGGCUCCUGCUCCUCGGGGUGCUCUUCACCUUCCUCCUCUACCUCCUGCACGGGCAGCGCUCGGCCGGUACCCGGGCUGACGAGGCCAGCGCCACCGCCCGAACGAGGAUGGCUGCGGCAGAGCCCCCUGUGUUCUGCAGGGAGGUUCCUGCAGGGCCUCGGGGCAGCGGCACUGACGGCUCCCGCAGGCCCGAUGUCCUGCUCCUGCACGGCCAGGCAUUCACCUCCAAGACAUGGGAAGCCUUGGGCACACUGGCGCUGCUCGCUGGAGAAGGCUACCGUGCGGUCGCAAUAGAUCUGCCUGGCUAUGGGGAUUCACCUCCUGCGGAGAUGGUGGCUACAGUGCAGGGCCGGGUGGCUUUCCUGGACCAUGUCCUCCGGACACUGGGCAUGCAGAGGCCUGUUCUCGUCAGCCCUUCCAUGAGUGGCCGCUUUGCCCUCCCCUUCCUCCUGGCACAUGGGGACCAGCUGUCUGGCUUCGUGUCCAUUGCGCCCGUGGGCACCAAGGACUACACUGCUGAGCAGUACCAGCGGGUCCAGACACCCACCCUGAUCCUAUAUGGUGACCGUGACACAAGGCUGGGCUCCCAGGCCCUGCAGAGCCUGCGGCACCUCCCUGUUCACCGUGUGGCCGUGGUGCCCGAUGCUGGCCAUGCGUGCUACCUGGACAAGCCGGAGGACUUCCACCGGGCUCUGCUGGGCUUCCUGCGCCACAUGAAGUAGGCGCUGCCUCAUUCCCUGCCUAGUGGAGGACUGGGACGCACAGGGGGGAUCUGUUCUCUUUUGAGGUGUCCCCAGGGUGGCAGGGGACAAUGACUGAGAGUUUCUUCUGCUGGCAGGGCAGGGGAGGCCAAUAAACUGAUGCUGCUCUGC